GAGAGGCCUAAUGUGAGCAAAUAUUACAGCGACAUCAGACUAGCAGGCUGGAGGGGAAUGAUGGGAUGGAUACCUGCUACUGCGCUAUAAGUUUAUACCGGCUAGUGGGUUGGAUGGAUUGUCCAUAUCAUCUGCAGAAGGAUUUAUGCGAGGAUGUCAUAUCAGCAGCAUAGAUUGCCCAGACGGACGGACGGCAUGGACGACUCGAGCCUGUUCAUGCAGUGGGCUGUGAACACGCUGCAGCAGGAAGACCCAGAAGCCGUCGCCCAUGACGGCGGCAGCGAGAACGCCUUCACUUCUCUCCCUGGGCUCUGCGAUGCCUCUGCUUCGCACGCGGGCUCCUUGGUCCAGGAACCUACGGAAGCAAUUGAAAGCUGGGCGGCCGGCUUGGACGCGGCCAUGGAUCAGCAAGGCGGCUGGUCCACGUCCCCGAACUCGGGCGGGCCGCCCGAGCCCAGAAGCAUCAGUAUGGGCCGCGGCGGCCCUGCCAACAACCAGCCCGCCAUGAGCUGGAGCUUCAACGCCGCCGCCGCAGCUUGCGAGCGCGGUGUGCCGGAGAUGGCGCCAAGGAGGGCCGCCCGCUCGUCGUCGUCGCAGGGCCACAUCAUGGCGGAGCGGAAGCGCCGGGAGACGAUGAACCAGCGGUUCAUCGAGCUCUCCACCGUCAUCCCCGGCCUCAAGAAGAUGGACAAGGGGACGAUCCUUACCGACGCAGCGAGAUACGUCAAGGAGCUGGAAGAAAAGAUCAAGUCCCUGCAGGCGUCCAGCAGCGACCGUAGGAUGAGCAUCGAGUCCGUGGUGCUGAUCGCGCCUGACUACCAAGGCUCUCGGCCGCGGCCGUUGUUCUCUGCGGUUGGGACUCCGUCAAGCAACCAAGUGCCGGAGAUCAAAGCGACAAUCUCGGAGAACAACGUGGUGGUGAGGAUUCACUGUGAAAAUGGCAAGGGACUGGCCGUGAGGGUGCUCGCCGAGGUCGAGGAGCUGCACCUCCGCAUCGUCAACAGUAAUGUCACGCCCUUCUCGGCGUCCACCGUGAUCAUAACCGCCAUGGCAAAGCUGGACGAGGGCUUCACCAUCAAUGCAGAGGAGAUAGUAGGAAGACUCAACUCCGUACUACAUAAUCAUAGUUAGCGUUUGUAGCAGCAGCAAGCAGCCAUGAUGCCGAUUGCAUGGAAGAUAUCUACGAUGUUCUGAGCGGAUGGUGGAUUGGUGGUCAUGCAUGUGAGAUUAGAGUUUAUAUUCACCACAUGCAUAUGUCUUCAAGUGAGCUGCGGUACAGCAUGGAUGGACAUAUAGAUCAUGCGGUACAGCAUGGAAGAUAUCUACGAUGUUCUGACCGGAUGGUGGAUUGGUGGUCAUGCAUGUGAGAUUAGAGUUUAUAUUCACCACAUGCAUAUGUCUUCAAGUGAGCUGCAUGCCUUGGCUUGAUCUUCACCAAGACACCAAUCCUAUUCCUAGGAUAUAUUUGUGUGUACCUUAGGCUGGUCAUAGUGGGAGUAACAUAACUAGUAUCAUGCAUUGCCACAUAAGCAUUGGGAUGAUGUGUCAUAGCAUUAAAUUAAAUAGAUGGUAGUGAUAUCAUAACAUGAUACCACUAACAUAGCUUUUCUCAAAGCACAAUGUGUCUUGUAAAACAAUAAAUGAAGGCUCUAUGAAACCGUGCUUAUAGUAUUAUGAAUUAUAUGAUACCAUCUCUAUGCUACUCCCAUUAUGACCAGCCUUACUUGCAUUGUGCUCGAGUGAAAAUAAGACUCAUCUCGCCCCCUUGUUUUGGAAGGAGAAUAAUUGGGACAACCGAGACUAAGAUGACUUGGUCUGAUGUGCUAAGCAUGUUACCAAAAUUAACAACUUUCUUUACAGGCCGAACAAUAUUUUGCA